UGUAUUCAUGACAUCUCAGGACAAUUUUAUGAUAACACACCUUCACAAUGAGGACCUGUGGAAAAAUGAGGACAUUUUUCGCGUCCUCAUAUUUCCACGCAGUCUACACUACUCUAGAGCUCACGAGGAUACUCCCACACCAAAAAUAAGUGAUGUCCUGAAAGAGCACAAUUUUCAGAAAUUGUGUGUUUAAGUGUGUUUAACUUUCGACUCACUUUUCAUUUGGAAAACUAGUGGCCAACUUCGGUACUUAACACACUUUUAACACACUUUCAGUGACGUCAUUGUGCAGGACCUCAAAUGUCAUCUUUUUCGGACUGACUCACACAUUUUCCCCGCCCUCGUCCUGAUAAGUCACAUCAAUUAGCAGUCACACAAAAUCCAACAUGUGAAGCAGCCAGACAAUCCUACUCUCAAACACGACCACGCGUGGAUGACCAUCGGGUAAGCAAUUCCUUUUCAUUUAUCUUACCGUAACAUAGAAGUUGUUCAAUAUAACCGUGUUUAACAGUGCCCACCAAAGGUAAUAUCAUUCAAUAAGACAGCUAGCUAGCUAGCUAGCUAGCUUGAUCGUUAGCAUGCUAAUAAGCUUCCAGUAAAAGUAAUGUGGACAUGUCCUGCAGGCAAGGUUCUGGAAAACUUUUCUAAAUCUUUAACAACACAGUCUGUGGAACUUGGUUUUGGUACCAUAUGUUUAUUUCAGUGCAGUAUUUGUUUUAUUCGAUUGUAGUUAAUUUAAAUUAGUUAGUACAGGUAGCCCAAUGAAAGUGGGCCAGGCACUUCUAGCAUUUACGCUAAGCCCGGUGUAUUUACACUGUUUAUUCUUGUGCUGAUUCAAUUGUACACCGUUUCAAUGAAAAAAACAAACAAACGUUUGCAAUGAAAUUAUAGCAGAAUUCAGCUUUGUUGGUACAUUUGGUCAAGACAAUAUUGUGUUACUCUAUUUUAAUUUUACAUUGUUAUCUGCCUGACAAAUGGUUUGCCCGAAUCUAUUAGUCUGACCAGCAAAUGUUUGAUGAAAUGAAUUUUUGUAUUUUUGAGGAAGAAAAUAAUAUUCCUUUGGCUCAGUACUUUUUGAGCCAAAAUAAGUGCUGCCAUAAUAUUGUGCUUGCUUGUCUGGCUGACUUCUUCUCACUUUCCAUUGUAGAUGUUUACUGGUGGUGAUAAUGUCACAAAGAAGAACCAGACUGAGCCCUGAAUCUGAGGCUGCUCCUUUUAUCUGGAGUCAACAAGCCUUGUUUGAAAGCCCAGUGGAUCAAUGAUUAUAAAGACACCAAGUGACGGGAUCUUGACUGAACCUUCUGGAGACCAAGAAGGGAGUGAGAGAUCCACUUCAUCCUUACAACAGACACCAAGUGACCUGACUGAACCCUCUGGAGACCAUGAAUGGAGUGAGAGAUCCACUUCAUCCUUUCAACAGACACCAAGUGACCUGACUGAACCCUCUGGAGACCAUGAAUGGAGUGAGAUAUCCACUUCAUUCUUAGAACAGACACCAAGUGACCUGACUGAGCCCUCUGGAGACCAUGAAUGGAAUGAUAGAUACACUUCAUCCUUACAACAGAUAUCAAGUGACAGGUACCUGACUGAACCCUCUGGAAACCAAGAAUGGAGUGAGAGAUCCACUUCAUCCUUACAACAGACACCAAGUGACCUGACUGAACCCUCUGGAGACCAUGAAUGGAGUGAGAUAUCCACUUCAUUCUUAGAACAGACACCAAGUGACCUGACUGAGCCCUCUGGAGACCAUGAAUGGAAUGAUAGAUACACUUCAUCCUUACAACAGAUAUCAAGUGACAGGUACCUGACUGAACCCUCUGGAAACCAAGAAUGGAGUGAGAGAUCCACUUCAUCCUUACAACAGACACCAAGUGACCUGACUGAACCCUCUGGAGACCAUGAAUGGAGUGAGAGAUCCACUUCAUUCUUACAACAGACACCUAGUGACCUGACUGAACCCUCUGGAGACCAUGAAUGGAAUGAUAGAUACACUUCAUCCUUACAACAGACACCAAGUGUUCCGAUCCUGAUGAAACCUUUUGAAGAUCAAGAAAGGAGUGGAAGAUCCACUUCUUCCUUACAACAGACACCAAGUGACCUGACUGAACCCUCUGGAGACCAUGAAUGGAAUGAGAGAUAAAUUCUCAAAAUUCUCAAAUUUUCAAAAUUCUCAUUAUUUCCUGGAAUAUCUUAAUUUGAUUAUUUUAUUUUUCCAUUUUUAAUAAAUAAUGCCUUCUUUUACAGGUGGGAAUAAGAGACGCACGUGGACAGAUUAUGAAGUGAAGGCUGUUGAGCGACAUAUGUUUGAUUUCAUAACAAGCCAUAAAGUUUCAGGUAAAACGAGCUGUGAGUCCUGUCUCCACGCAGAGCCAGCAGCUCUGAAAGACAGAGGCUGGGUGUCCAUCAAAAACUACAUCCACAACAGGAUAUAACUGCAUUAAAAAGGGAAAUGAAUGGCUAGUCCAUUGAAAUGCGAGCACGUCUGGGUACAUUUCAGUUCAAGUUAACUAAAGCAAUUGCAAUGGUGCAUUUAGGGUGGGAUGGUCAAUUAUGGAUUUCAUAUUUGUUGUUGGAUACUGUGUUUCACGUUUGUUGUUUCAUGAUCUUCAAGAGCAAUUUGGAAAAUCCUUGAAGAUGUAUGAACAUGUAAAUUAUACUGUAUAUCAGGCAUGUCCCGAUCUGGGCCUGGAGGGCCACUGUCGUGCCUGUUUUCCAGCUCUCCCGGCUGCAUCACACCUGUUUCAGAUGAUCAGUUCAUCAGUCAGCUCUGAUGCAGCAUUAGAACAUCCUGGGAGAGCUGGAAAACAAAAAGACAGCGGCCCUUGAGGACCGACCUUGGACACUCCUGCUGUAUAUAAACGUACGUACGAUAUACAAACUUCUCACAAAAGAUAGGCUUAUUAGGUUUGAGGUGAUAUUUUGGAAAAACCCUAAAACAUUUGAAUUCAUCCUAUUUCAAGAAUUUCAAUACUUUUUGAAAAGUUGCUUUUGUCUAACGGUAGCUAAAGAAGUUGCUACACACAUGGCACAAUAUAUGGCCAGAUUCAUUAAAAAUUCUUCAUCGCAGUAUUCACAUUUUGACAUAAUCUUCUUCAGUUCAAACAACCCUCAUCUAUUGCAGUGCUUUGUGUCAUGGAGAGGAGGUGGCAUGUUUUCUGUGUUCAUAAUUUCAUAUUGUCAGCAAUUAAAAAAUAAGAAAGUGGACUGACCACAUAUUUAACCGUCUCUUCUUCUUCACAGCUUAUUUUACUAUCUUGUAUUAUUAAUGUGAAUAUUUGAGGGAUGACGGGUAUAACGACUGUUUGGCACAUUCGCCUCACAGUUCAGCAAUUGAUAUUUGAAAACUCACUUAUAUUCUUUGGCGUUUGACUCAGCAUGACUUAGAUUUGCUAUUGGUUUUACUGCUUGGUGCUUUCUACCGCCUUAUUACUUAUUACUUAUUACUGAUUCGUCUUACUGUUUAUUGUAUAUGUUAAAUCGCUCCAUGUACAGCACUUUGUAUGCAGCGAUGGCUGUUUGAAAGUGCUCUAUAAAUACUGUUGACUUGACUUGACUUGACUUGUUUGAAUCUGGGCAUCCUUCCUUUGUAGAGUUCUCCCCAUGCCCGAGCAUGACAAUUGGACACAUGUGCCUAACAUAUACUGUUGGUAUGUAACAUGAGUCAAUUUAAAAAUACACACUUUACUCUUAGCUGGUCUUCAUAAGUCAUAUAUACUUGAAAAUGAUGUGUAUCCAGGGGGCU